AUGAGUCAGCCAAUCGAUGCGCCCGUUGCGCAGCCUUCGCGGCGAGACGAGCCAUCACCAACUUCAAAUGGCCAAUCUGCACCGCUCUCGUCCUCUGUCCGCUUCCAUCCCGACCUGUACCACAACGAAGCCAAUGCUUCCAUCGACAGCAUCAGUUCGAACCGCAACCAUCGCUUCGGCGACCAUGUUGAAGAAGCCAGCUCAAACGACGACGACGAUGACGAGGCGUACAAUCGCUACUCGAGCUCCCACACCGAUAAUGGCCGCAGGUCCAGUUCUUUCGGCAUUGGCAAUCCUGCUGCUCACGGCUUCCCUUCCUCCUCAGCGUACAACUACAGGGCUAUGAUCAGCAAACACGGCCAUGGCUUCCCAGACAGAGCUGAGUCUGUCCGCAACAUCUCUGCCCUAGCCAACCUUGUCGACUACCGAUCCAACUACUACGAGGAUCACCGUGUCAGCGAGGAGGAAAUCAAGCACCGCACCAAGCAUCUCGGCUGGGCAAAAGCCUCUGCGGUCUGUGACUAUUACGAGCGCCUCAAUGAUACUCUCGAUGGCUGGAGAGAAGUCGACGAGAUCCUCGAUUCUCGCUUUCCUGACGAGGUCAUGCGACGUUUUACUGAGCAGGAUGAACUCCAGCAAAAGAGAAAGAAGCGUCGUUCCAAGCCUUCUAAGAAGUCGAAGCGCAGGCAGAAGCCCAGCUCCACUCAGAACGGUGGCCGCAAGACGCUCGAAGAGAGCGAUGGCAAUGUCUCCGACGAGGAGGAGACCGACGAAGAAGACAGAGGCAGAUCCAAACGCUCUCUCAAACGCAGUUUCAGUGCCAAAGCCAUCGACGCAUUCAGCGGGCUGUGGUUUGGUGCUUCGUCAAGCCCACGCUCCUCCAGCAAAUCCGAUCUCGAACGCGGUCGCUCCUCACGCAGCAACCGUCACCAUCAUGACCUUCGCCCGUCCAAAGGCAAGGCCUUUGAUUUGACUUCGGCAACCGAGGAAGAGGAGGACGAGGAAGACGAGGAGGAAGUGGGCCCAGACGAUUCUGAACAGCCCCUCUCCAGCUCACCUUCUGGCACAGACCCAAGGCACCGUCCGUCUGUUCGCCGUGACUAUGGUGCUACUUCGGCAUCCAGCGCUGGCCAGCUCUACGAAAAGCUUCGACGCGAAGGCCGCAUCGAGCAGAUUCGCCGUUCCGAGUCUCAGAUCGCCCUGUCUAGUGGAACUAGCAGUCCCGCUCCUCCACCAAGUGGUGGGCAGACCCCCCGCGAGGGCAUCUCGUCUCCCGGCUCCGUCGCCAAUACGAUCCGCCCCAGUCAAGUCGAAAAUAUUCCCGAACACGAGGCUCACAACAUCUCUGGCUCCACCUUGAGCCAAGUGCAGGGGGUCAAAGUGGUGCAGUCCUCACGCGAGCAAGGCAGCCUCGAUCGCGACUAUAGCCGGGAGCGUCAACAUCGACCCUAUCAUUCCCAGGAGGAAGAGCGCCAAGCACUGCUCAGCACCGUGCCCGGCCGCGCAAAGGAAGAGGAGACCUCACGCUCCGUUCAAUUCGCCAUCAACAUCAACCUCAUCAUCAACAUCCUCCUUCUUGCAGGCAAAGGUGUGGCCGUACUUUCUUCCAAUUCGGUCUCGCUCAUCGCCUCGUUUGUCGACAGCGCCUUAGACCUCUUGUCCACCAUCAUCAUCUUUGGCACCUCGAAAGCCAUCGCCUAUCGAUCGUGGAAGACCAUGUACAAGUACCCCGUCGGCAAACAGCGUCUGGAACCGCUCGGCGUUGUCAUCUUUUCCGUCCUCAUGAUCGCCUCGUUUGUUCAGGUCUUUCUCGAGUCGGCUGGACGCCUCCGCGAGGUGCUCUUGACUGGCGAACAGGACCCGGAAUCCGCUGCCAGUCUGCCCUUCAUCGGUGUCGCUUUCAUGCUGGCCACCAUCGGCAUCAAGACCGUCAUGUGGCUCCUGUACCGCUCUUCCAAGUCGUCUGGAGUCCGUGCUGUGGCGCAGGAUGCCGAGAACGAUGUUGUCUUCAACAUAGCCUCGCUCAUCUUCCCCAUCGUCGGAUCCAAGUUCGGCUGGCCUGCAUUGGACCCGAUCGGUGGUGUUGUCCUGUCCGUCUACAUCAUUUACGAAUGGAUCGAGACCCUGUGGGAGACCGUCUCGAAGCUUUCAGGCGCCGUCGCCUCGGCCACCGAGAUCUCCAAAUGUCUCUACUGCGUCGUCCGCUUCAACUCGGUCAACAGCGUCUCGGCGUUUGAGCUAUUUCAUUCAGGUGACAACCUCAUUGUCGAGGCGGACAUCGUUCUGCCUCAUACGAUCUCGCUCAAGGAGUCGCACGAUUUGGGAGAAAUUAUCACCUACUGUACUGAAAACAUCACUGGCGUCGAGCGUUCCUACAUUCACCUAGACUACAAUCCCAAGGGUCAGGCAGGCCAUCUCACUCAGCGAGGAUAG